GUAAAAAAAAAAAAAUGGUGAAAAAAAAAAAAACACCAAUCUUAUUAGACUCGACUGACUGUAACGAACACCGUGCCCUGUCAAAUCAAUGGCGCCGUUUCCAAUGAGACGAAAUGGUCAACAUAUGUGCUGAAAAACAAACUAAAAUGGGACAUUUGUUCAUUUUCAAAGCCAGAACCUGUUCAUAUAAAUGUAUCGGGCUUGCUGUACGGGUGGCGCGUGUGCUUUAAGCGGUUCUCCGGUCCCGGGCGCUCCGGACACCCACGUCAGCAAAACGUUUUUCCAGCACAAACGGGUUUCGGUCUUUCGGGCAAAGCAGGAAGUGAAAGCCGUUCGCCCUGAUAACAAAAGCUGGAGAAAUAUACCCAAAAUAGCCAGAGAAAUGGAGAUGGUUUGUGAAAGCGGGACAUGUCGACCGUACCGGAGUGCGGGUGACGCGGGGCAUCUGCCUGUUCACAAAUGGACCAGUGCUGAUAUGUCAGCCAUUCACCAGAGCUGUUUGCUAAAGCAGCUGGACCAGCAACGACAGCAGGAAUUGUUCUGUGACUGCAACGUGCUGGUGGAGGGUCAGAUUUUCCGUGCACACCGUAACGUCCUGUACGGCAGCAGUGGAUAUUUCAGGAUGUUGCUGUCUCAAGGAGCAAAAGACACUCUAGAGUCUAUAAAUGCUUCUUUUGAUGUCUUCAGCCCUGAGAUCUUUGCCAUCAUCCUGGACUUCAUUUACUCCGGUCAGCUGGAGCUCAAUAGCUCUAAUGUAAUAGAAGUGAUGUCAGCCGCCAGCUACCUGCAGAUGAAUGAUGUCAUUUCCUACUGCAAGGUCUUCAUUAAAUCUUUCCUUGAGAUCAGCACAAAAGAGGAAGAUGAGAGUCGGUACCUGUGUCUAUCGGACAGCAGUCCACUUCAGGAGAGACGUGAGAAUCUCAACGAGCCGUCCAACAUGUGUGACGUAAGCAUGAGCUCACAGACCAGACUCUGGGAUCAAGCAGAGGAGGAUCAGAUGAAGGAGGACUUCAGAGGAACAAGCCCACAGCCGUCUGGGCUUCAGCAGAACUCUCCACCACAGUCCAGUCUGGAGGCGCAAAUGGAGGAGGAGCAGUUUGGCUCUGAGCUCCCUGAACGCAGAAGAAGAGGAAGCAGGAAAAGAACAGCCACCAGUCGCUUGGUGACAGAAGACACUUCUCUCAUUGACCUGCAGGGAGUGGUAUCACACUGCUCUCAGAAAGCAGACAAUCUGUACGCCAACCUUCCGUCUAUUGUUGGGGUAGUUGGGGUGUUUAAUAAAGAUUCCACUCCCUCUAUGCGAUACAAAUGUCCAUUCUGCACGCACACAGUAAAGAGAAAGGCUGACUUGAAGCGUCACCUCCGUUGUCACACAGGUGAGCGUCCUUAUCCCUGUCAGGCCUGCAGCAAACGCUUCACUCGCCUGGAACACCUGCGCAGCCAUUUUGAGACGAUCCAUCAGGCCCGUAAGCUAGUGUGCAGGAAGUGCAAACGCCAUGUGACUGAAGUCACUGGGCGAGUGGUAAGUGAGGGAACCCGCAGAUACAGGCUGUGUGACGUUUGCAUUCAAGAAAGUGGCUACAGUGAGUUGAUCACAGAUGAGACUGUUGGAAAUGAGGAGAAGGAAGGCCUGUUGUUGGGUGUGGAAGAGGACAUGAGUGAGAACAGGCAAAUUGCAUGGACCAUGGAUGACGAUGACCUAGCUGAAGAUUCUGGUGCAGAUCUCAUAAUCCAGGAAGUGGAGGACAGCGACGAGGAAGCCAGUGGAAAGUGAUGAUAUGCUUGUGUUUGUGUGUGAAAGGGUGAAUGGGCAAAAGCUGUCUUCCUGGCAGUUUAAGGCCUGUUAAAAUUUCUUAAGGAAUAUGAUUGUGCGUUUUUGUACAAAUAAAAACACUUUCUCAUUGAAAAUUUAAAGUAUUAAAAUGUUAAAGCUUUUUUAAAAAUACAAGAAUAUUUAUGUAAUUUAAAGUAUAUUUAGUUUAUUUACAAAAAAUGCAUUUAUGCCAAUAUGGUAAUUUAAUUUAGAUACAGGGAUGAUGCAAUGGGACAGAUUUUUCUGUAAUUAAAAAACAAAUCUCCAAUAUUCUAGUUUCGACUCCAAUUUUUCAAAACAGUUUUAAGUUUUCACAUUAGAUUACUACAACUUUAGUUAAUGCCAAGGUUUACAUAUCAUUUAAUAAACUAUAUGCUGCAUGGAGUCCAUGUGACCUGCUUUGAUGAUGUGUAACAGACUCAUUUAUUUAUUUAAAACAAAGGAGUUACAUUGUUACCAGACAUAGGCUCAACAUAAACAUCAAAUAAAAUAUUGUAUAUAUCA